AUGAUUAGUUCAUGGAAGAUAUGGAUCCCUUGGUCCAUGGUGGGCAUGAUGGGGAGGAACGCCUGCCUCCAUCUCCUAUCAUCCUUCACAUGCAUGGUGUCAUGUCAAACCUCAAAGGUAUAUAGUACGUGUGUGCAUGCACCACCAGACAAAACACCUAAAGCUCACCACGGCAGGCUCACUCACAUACUUACGGCGUCAAAGCCAAAGAUCCACCUUAUAUAUGCGGCGUGUGUUGCCGACAGACGGCUCAUUCCAAACACCUUGAGCUCCUCACAAGUCAUUUCUAGGAGCCUCACCAACAUGUGCAGCUCUGCUUCCUGGAACUCCUCGCCUCCUGGUGUGCUCUUCAUCAGGCAGCAGGGGAAGAAGAAGCCACAUGUCUCAAUGACUCUCAGGAGGAAGAGGUUAAUGCUGAUCAGGAGGAGGAGGGAGCUGAGGAGGGCUGCUGGAGGGGCGGAGAUGGCGAUGCUGAACCUGAGGCUCCACCUGGAGAACCGGCGCAUCCUGGCCGAGAACGAGAGGCUCCGGGAGAGGGCCGGCGUGCUCCGCCGCGAGAACCUCACGCUGCGUGCCAACCUCUGCAAGGCGGCGCCAGCGCUGGCAGAGGCCGCCCCCGGCUGCUGA